AUGUCUACCCGCUACCACCAAGCUGCUAGUGAUAGCUACCUGGAGCUUCUGAAAGAGGCUACCAAGCGAGAUCUGAAUCUUUCUGAUGACGAUGGCAUGACACCAACACACCUGGCUGCCUACCACGGGAAUUUAGAAGCCCUGGAAAUCAUCUGCAGCAGAGGAGGAGACCCCGAUAGAUGUGAUAUCUGGGGGAACACUCCGCUGCACUAUGCAGCUUCCAAUGGUCAUGCCCACUGUGUCUCAUUCCUGGUCAACUUUGGGGCCAACAUCUUUGCCCUUGACAAUGACAUGCAGUCUCCACUGGAUGCUGCUGCCAGCAGGGAACAGAAUCAAUGUGUUGCUCUCCUGGAUAAGGCUGCCACUACCCAGAACAUCAUGAACCCCAAGAAGGUCACCAGGCUGAAGGAGCAGGCUCAGAAGAAUGCCAGGAGGCAGAUCAAAGAAUGUGAGAGGCUUCAGGAGAAACACCAAAAUAAGAUGGCCCGUACAUACAGCAAGGAGGAAUCUGGGAUGCUCUCUUCUUCCAAGGGCACCUUCUCCAAGUCAUCCGUUUCAAGUGCUUCUGCCUCCAGUACAUUUGGGUCAUUGUCAAAGGGCAUUAAAGACACCUUCAAGUUAAAGUUCAAGACAAAGAACAAAGAUACAGCAGAAAAGGGGGGUGAGGAGGCCAGAAGUGGACAGAGGAAUGUAAUGGAAGUAUUCAGAGAGGAAGAGGAAUACUCAUUCUCAGAGGACUUUAAAGAUAAGCUCCAGUUUGCAGCAGAUGAAGACAAGAGUAGGCAACACGAAUCCAUUCUCAACCGUCCAGGUCUAGGAAAUAUUGUUUUUAGGAGGAACACAAUGCUGAGUCCUGAAGACACCUCAGACAGCAAGAGUGAGUUGCAGCUUAAAAUGCCCAGUGAAUUGUUUCAGAGACAAGGAACAGCAGAGAUUGAUGAACCUGAGACUGAUGAAGAGCUAGAGGAAAAUGGCCAUAAUGCGGAUCUGCCUUGGGAUAAGGAUGAAUUGGAGUGGGAGGAAGAUGUAGCUGAUGCUACUCCCCUAGAAGUGUUCUUGCAGUCCCACCACCUGGAAGAGUUCCUUCCCAUUUUCAUGAGAGAGCAGAUUGAUCUAGAAGCUCUGUUGCUGUGCUCUGAUGAGGACCUUCAGAGCAUACAAAUGCAGCUGGGUCCCAGGAAGAAAGUUCUUAAUAUCAUAGAGAGGAGGAAGCAGGUGCUACAGCAUCCUGGGCAGUUGGUAGACACCAAACUCUGAUGGGGACUGUUGGGCCAACAGAGGUGA